AUGAACGCAGCUCCCCCAGGGGCCAUAGCGUCCCUGGAGAAUCCAGGCCCCGAGGCGUUCCCGGAGAACCUGGGACCCGCAUUGAACCCAGGGGCUGUGGCGUCCCCGGAGAACCCAGGCCCCGCGGCGUCCCCGGAGAACCCAGGCCCCGAGGCGUUCCGGGAGAACCCGGGACCCGCAUUGAACCCAGGGGCUGUGGCGUCCCCGGAGAAUCCAGGCCCCGAGGCGUUCCCGGAGAACCCAGGCCCCGCGGCGUCCCCGGAGAAUCCAGGCCCCGAGGCGUUCCGGGAGAACCCGGGACCCGCAUUGAACCCAGGGGCUGUGGCGUCCCCGGAGAAUCCAGGCCCCGAGGCGUUCCGGGAGAACCCGGGACCCGCAUUGAACCCAGGGGCUGUGGUGUCCCCGGAGAAUCCAGGCCCCGAGGCGUUCCGGGAGAACCCGGGACCCGCAUUGAACCCAGGGGCUGCAGCGUCCCCAGAGAAUCCAGGCCCCGAGGCGUUCCCGGAGAACCCAGGCCCCGAGGUGUCCCCGGAGAAUCCAGGACCCAAGGCGUUCCGGGAGAACCCGGGUCGCGCAGUGGCAGGCGCAUGA